UCGGUGCGUUUCAGAUCAUAACGAUGUUUUCUCUUAGAAAUCUUCCUUCACUUGCACCGAUUGUCUCGGCCUACGCAUUAUUGACGGGAUACAUCAUGAUGAUCAAACCAUUUCUUGAUACAACAAUUCCACCUCCGCUACAAAACUACAUCAUCGCUUAUAUCAACUCUUUCUUUAUCUCAAGUACUCCAUCGACUCUAACACUCAUCAUCGAUGACCAGAUCAAAACUGGAAUGUACAACGAGCUCUACGGGGCUGCUCAGGUUUAUUUGUCCACCAAGAUCAACACCAACGGGGAAAGGCUAAGGAUCUUUAGAGACGGCAGUGAAAAAAACGUCAAUUUACACCUCAACGUAGGAGAAGUUGUCUCGGAUGUCUACCAAGGCAUUGAGCUCAAGUGGCGGUUUUGUGUUAACAGCGAUAAAACUUACGAUUUUGGGCAACAGUUUAAGCUAAACCCUGAUCGGGAGUGUUUUGAACUUAGCUUUGAAAAGAAACACAGAGACUUGGUCUUGAAUUCUUAUGUACCUUACGUGGAGAGCAAGGCAAAGGUGAUCAACAAUGAGAGGAAAAGCAUCAAGAUGUACUCCUACUGUAACAUGUAUUCAAAAUGGCAAUCCGUGAACCUCAAGCACCCCUCAACAUUUCACACCAUGGCAAUGAAAGAAGAGCUCAAGCGUUCUGUGAUGGGAGAUCUUGACCGGUUUAUCAGAAGUAAAGACUUUUACAAAAGAGUAGGGAAACCUUGGAAAAGGGGUUACUUUCUGUACGGCCCACCUGGGACUGGGAAGACUAGCCUAGUUGCAGCUAUGGCUAACCACCUCAAGUUUGAUAUCUAUGAUCUCCAGCUUGCAAGCGUGAGGGAGGACGCUGAUCUAAAGAGAUUACUUCUCGGUACUAGGAACAGCUCGAUUCUUUUGAUAGAAGACAUAGACCGCGCCGUGGAUUUGCAUACGAGGUUGCAACCUAAGACUCAUGAAGAUUCUAAGGGACCAGCAACUUUGACGUUAUCAGGGAUCCUUAAUUGCAUAGAUGGGUUAUGGUCGAGCUGUGGAGACGAACGCAUUGUAAUCUUCACCACAAACCACAAGGAGAGGCUCGAUCCGGCAUUGCUUAGGCCAGGGCGUAUGGAUAUGCAUAUUUACAUGGGACAUUGUUGUUUUGAUGUAUUCAAGACUCUGGCGUCUAACUACUUAGGAUUGUCUCCCGAUGACCCUCACCAUCUCUACCCGGAAAUCAAGCGUUUGAUUGAUGGAGAAGUGUUGACUCCAGCUCAAGUUGCAGAGGAGCUCAUGAAAAAUGAGGAUGCUGAUGUGGCGCUCGAGGGUUUGGUUAAAGUUCUAAGAAGGAAGAGGUCAGAGUUGGAAAAGUAUGAUGGUGAAAUUUAAGGAAAAGAUGGAGAAACUGAAAGAGAAGGAUUGAUGAACCGGGGAAUUGUAAUCCCUUUUAUGAAUUAUGAGUUACAAUCUUGAUUUAAACCCUGUUUGUAAUUAAUUAUCAUCCGAGUAAGUCAGUCUAGAUUUGUGGUUUAGCGUUAAAGUAUUGAGUCUAGAUUAAUAAGACUCAACUAAGUUUUGAUAAUAUAAAUAUUAAAUAGAUG